CUCCGAUUCCCACAAAACAAACCAAUUAAAAUCCUCGCCUUAUCCCAAUCUUAUCUCUCUGUUUCGAUUAUUACUCUUUAGUCUUUACUUUGCUCAGCUUUGGAUCACAAAAUCUCUAAACCAUCUGAGACACUCUGUGGCCAUGGCAGCCUCUCUCCAAUCCGCCGCCACAUUCCUUCAGUCGGCGAAGAUCGCCACCGCUCCUUCUCGCGGCAGUUCUCACCUCCGGUCGACUCAGACCGUCGGCAAAUCUUUCGGGGUAGACACUUCUUCUGCGCGUCUCACUUGCUCCUUCCAAUCUGACUUCAAGGACUUCGCCGGAAAAUGCUCCGACGCUGUCAAAAUCGCCGGAUUCGCUCUCGCCACCUCUGCUCUCGUCGCCUCGGGAGCAAGUGCAGAGGGCGCACCGAAGAGACUGACUUACGACGAGAUACAGAGCAAGACCUAUAUGGAAGUGAAGGGAACUGGAACGGCCAACCAAUGCCCAACCAUUGACGGUGGCUCUGAGACAUUCUCGUUCAAGCCCGGAAAGUACGCAGGGAAGAAGUUCUGCUUCGAGCCUACUUCCUUCACCGUCAAGGCUGAUAGUGUAAGUAAGAACGCACCUCCUGAGUUCCAGAACACCAAGCUGAUGACCCGUCUCACCUACACCCUUGACGAAAUCGAAGGCCCCUUCGAGGUUUCUUCAGAUGGAAGCGUCAACUUCAAGGAAGAAGACGGAAUCGACUACGCUGCAGUCACAGUCCAGCUUCCUGGUGGCGAGCGUGUGCCGUUCCUCUUCACAGUCAAACAGCUUGACGCCUCCGGCAAACCAGACAGCUUUACAGGAAAAUUCUUAGUCCCUUCAUACCGUGGCUCCUCCUUCUUGGACCCAAAGGGUCGUGGUGGAUCCACAGGAUAUGACAACGCCGUGGCGUUGCCAGCUGGAGGCAGAGGAGACGAAGAGGAGCUUGUAAAGGAGAACGUGAAGAACACGGCAGCUUCGGUGGGAGAGAUCACUCUGAAAGUGACAAAGAGCAAACCGGAGACAGGAGAAGUGAUCGGAGUGUUCGAGAGUCUCCAGCCGUCGGAUACUGACUUGGGUGCUAAGGUACCAAAGGAUGUCAAGAUCCAAGGGGUGUGGUAUGGUCAGCUUGAGUGAUCAUGUUAUUAUAUUAAACAACUUCUGUUAAUUGUGUUUGAUGGUAAUGAGAACAUCUUUUUAUGCUUUUUUUUUGUUUAUUAUUCUCUCUUGCAAAUUAAAAAAAGAUGCGCGUUCCUUAAAUAUUAAAAUUUUCAUAUCUAAAGAAGUAGCCCUUGUCUUUUUUCCCUGAAACCAAUAUAUUAGGAUUUGGGUGAAACAAAAGAAGAACCCAAACUUGUGUGUAAUUAAUUUCCUACAAUCUGCA